UCUCUUAGUUUUAUAUAUACACUUUCUUUUAUUCCCUGAUAGUCUCCGCUCCCCUCAGAGCUAGCCCCGCCACUCUCGCUAGAUUGUCUGCAGUCCCCUCAAAGCUCCCGUCAAGAACCCAUCAAGAGCGAGAACUGAGCGAAGAAAUUGCAGAGAGAGAAGAAAAGAUGAUGCGGGGAACCAAUAACCUCAUAGGGGUCAUCAAUUUCAUAACUUUCUUGGCCUCGAUCCCGAUCCUGGGCGGAGGGAUUUGGCUCAGUAGCCGGGCGAACAGCACCGAAUGCCUUCGAUUCCUCCAAUGGCCGAUCAUCAUCAUCGGCAUCACCAUCAUGGUGAUCUCUCUCUUGGGCUUCGUCGGGGCUUGCUACCGCCAGACUUGGCUUCUGCAGCUCUAUCUCUUCGUCAUGUUUCUCGUCAUCAUUGCCCUAAUCGGCUUCAUCGUCUUCGCUUUCGCCGUCACCGACAGCGGCCACGGCCAGGUUAUCGUCAACAGGUCCUUCCUCGAGUACCAGCUCUCCGAUUACUCCGGAUGGCUUAAGGACCGCGUGAGAGAUCCCAAAUACUGGUCAAAAAUUAGUUCUUGUCUUCGAGAUGUUCAUGCUUGUUCAGGCAUGCGUCGAACCAUCCGCGACCCGGCGACGGGGAUGAUUCUUUCCGAGUCCGCUGAUAUGUUCAGCCAGCGCCAGCUCUCCCCUAUUGAGUCUGGUUGUUGCAAGCCACCUACAUCAUGCGGAUACGUAUACGUGAACGAGACACUAUGGAACGUUGGUGCGCAGAUGUUUGUGAACGAUAUUGAUUGCAAUCGAUGGAGCAAUGAUCAGCAACAACUGUGCUACCAUUGCGACUCUUGCAAAGCUGGCCUUUUGGCUACCUUGAAACACAGCUGGAGAAAAGUCUCAAUCAUCAACAUUGUAAUCCUUAUUAUCCUCGUCUUUGUUUAUGUUGUUGCCUGCGCUGCAUUCAGGAACAACAAGAGAAUGGACAACGACGAGGCUUAUGGGGAGACCAGGAUGACGAAGUCCAGGCCAAGCAGGUUCCAAUUUUAGUGAAAAUUGUUGAUGGCUUAAAGGAUCAGAACAAAAAUUUGUUUUAAAGUUAAAAUUGUUUUCUUAGCCUUUGUUAUUUUUUGAGUGUCUGAAGUUUAUGUUCCUUCUACAUGGUCAAGAAGAUAGUAGGAGACUUUGCUGCUGCUUAUUUGUAGUGACUGUAUUGUUCCUGGGCAUUAAGAAGAAAGGACUUCAUUGCUCGUGGUGCUGUAAUUUGUAAGUAUUGGGUAGUUUAUAGAUUGUUUACUGGUGGAUGUCACUGGUGCACUUGGCUUUUUUAAGACUUAGAAUGGUCGCAACUAGUUACAUACAUGUGUAAGAGUUUAAAUGAUGUUGAAGUCAAAAGGCUUUUUAGCAAGGCGAGACAGAUAGAUUAUCAUCAUGGCUUUAAAUAUUUAUUGCUA